AUGGGUCUAUUUAAGGUUGAAGGUUGGAAUCUCGAUUCCAGCAAAAUUGAGUUUGACAAUGCUAAAAAGGACGGUGGUAAAGUCAAGAAAAGUCGUAAAGAACGUAAGGAAUAUCAACAGAAAUUGGCUGAGCAAAGGCGUAAUGCUAAUUCAAAAGAGUCAGAGCCAGUUGAACAAGAAGGUUUAGAGGAACCAACACCUGCGAAACAGACCGAAAAACCAACUAAGAAAAGAAAAAUAGAAGAAGUAGAAGCAUCACAGCCAGUUUUAGCGACGAAGAAGCCGUUAACAGCAUUACAACAAAAAAUGAUGGCCAAACUUACCGGUUCAAGAUUCAGAUGGAUCAAUGAACAACUAUACACUAUUUCUUCAGAGAAUGCGCUAAAGCUAAUAAAAGAACAACCCCAAUUAUUUGACGAGUACCACGACGGGUUCAGAUCUCAGGUUCAAUCCUGGCCAGAAAACCCAGUUGAUGUUUUCGUUGAACAAAUACGUGCAAGAGCAAACAAGCCUGUUAAUGCUCCUGGUGGAUUACCAGGUUUAAAGGAUAAAACUAUUGUAGUCGCAGAUAUGGGGUGUGGUGAAGCUCAGCUAGCUUUAGACAUCAAUAACUUCUUCAAGAGUCACAACAAAUCCGCCAAGAAAUUCCAAAAGAAAUCUUGUAAAGUGCAUAGCUUUGACCUAAAGAAAGCAAAUGAAAGAAUAACAGUUGCCGAUAUCAGAAAUGUUCCCUUGCCAGAUGAAUCAUGUACGAUCGUAGUGUUCUGUUUGGCGUUGAUGGGAACAAAUUUCCUAGAUUUUAUUAACGAAGCGUACAGAAUUUUAGCUCCUCGUGGAGAACUAUGGAUUGCUGAAAUCAAAUCAAGAUUUGGUGACGGGAAGGGUGAAGAAUUUGUAAAUGCCUUGAAACUACAAGGUUUCUUCCACAAGAAUACUGAUGACAGUAACAAAAUGUUUACAAGAUUCGAGUUCUUCAAACCACCUCAAGACAUUAUUGAAGAAAGAAAAGCGAAAUUGGAACGUAGACAGAAGUUUAUCGAAGUAGAGACAGAAAAGGAAGAGCUACAGAAGAAAAGAGAACAGAUUCCAGAAGGAAAAUGGCUACUUAAGCCAUGUAUUUAUAAAAGGAGAUAA